AUGUCCAUUCUUGUAGGAGAAUUCGCCAUGAAAGAUUUAGGGCCACUGACAUAUUUUCUUGGUAUUUCAGUCACGCGAAACGGUGACAACUUAUUCUUAUCUCAGCAAGCUUAUGCAAAGGACAUUAUUCAUCGCGUAGGCAUGGACUCUUGCAAGCCUACUGCGACUCCUAUAGACACUCAGACAAAAUUGGGUGAUACAUCAGGACCCCUAUUUGAUGACCCCACCACCUACAGAAGUCUUGCAGGUGCUCUUCAAUAUCUUACAUUCACUCGCCCGGAUAUCACAUAUGCAGUUCAGCAAGUAUGCAUGCACAUGCACUCUCCUGGUCUUGCUCAUUGGAAUGCUCUUAAACGCAUUCUACGAUACAUUCAAGGAACUACUGACUUCGGGCUCCAUCUUCAUGCAUCAUCUUCUCUCUCCAUUCGUGCCUACACUGAUGCGGAUUGGGCCGGGUGCCCUGAUACUCGAAGAUCCACAUCUGGUUAUUGUGUUUAUUUAGGGGAUAACCUGGUUUCCUGGUCCUCUAAGCGCCAGUCUACCAUCUCCCGUUCUAGUGCUGAAGCCGAAUAUCGAGGGGUUGCCAACGUCGUAGCUAAAAUAUGUUGGCUUCGAAAUCUUCUUCUUGAACUUCGACGGCCAUUAUCAAAGGCGUCUUUGGUAUACUGUGACAACAUAAGUGCCAUCUACUUGUCAGGUAACCCGGUUCAACACCAACGCACUAAACACAUCGAACUCGAUAUACAUUUUGUGCGUGAUCAUGCUCAGAAGGGUCUUGUCCGCAUUUUACAUGUGCCUUCCAGAUUUCAGGUUGCUGAUAUCUUCACCAAGGGAUUGCCACGGGUUCUCUUUGACGACUUCCGAUCCAGUCUUCGUAUUCGUUCUCCUACCGCUUCGACUGCGGGGGUGUAA